UCAGUGCGAGCGAAGAUGUUGUUGACGACGAUCUAUCUUCUUUUGAUAAGUUGCUGUCUCUUUUGCAUCUACGAUUGCUUUAAGCCAAGACAUUUCCCACCUGGUCCUGCUUGGUUACCAAUAAUAGGAUGUUUAGCGGCUUUCAAACGAUUACAAAUUAAAUACGGAUUUUCCCAUUUGGCAUUUAAAAAAUUAGAGGAAAUUUAUGGACCGAUCGUGGGAUUGAAAUUGGGACGUCAAAAGAUCGUUACGAUUUCGACUUAUGAUUUCGUAAAACAAGCUUUGCUUCAGGAUGAAUUUAACGGUCGACCAGAAUCAUUCUUCUUCAAGAUUCGUGCCUUUGGAAAGAAAAAAGGAGUGUUGUUCACCGAAGGUCAAACGUGGUCCCAAUGUCGAAGAUUCACGAUGCGUCACCUGCGAACAUUCGGCUUGGGUCAAUCAAUGAUGAACAAACGAUUGACCACGGAAGCACAAUAUCUCGUGGAGAAUCUACGAGAACAGAGCGAGCACGGAUCGGUGCUGAUGCAUAACGCCUUUGAUGUAGCCGUUAUCAACGCGCUUUGGACUAUGUUCGCCGGUCAUAGAUUCAAAUACGACGAUGAAAAGUCGAAAGAAAUAUUAGAAACUGUUCAUAAUUCCUUUAGGCUAACGGAUACUAUGGGUGGACUUUUGUCCCAUAUGCCCUUUUUACGUUUCAUCGCGCCGAAGUGGUGCAAUUAUGACGAGACCAUGAGCCUUCUCAGAAAGCAAUGGAAAUUUAUCGAGGAAGAAAUUACCAAGCACGAACUAGAGUUGACUGAUAAAGAACCGCGGGACUUGAUCGAAGCUUUUCUUCUUGAAAUAGCGUCACGCAAAGGGAACGAUUCCAAUGGCAUAUUCGAUCGCGAGAAUUUAUUGAUCCUGUGUCUCGAUCUCUUGCUUGCUGGUACCAAAACGACGAGCGACAUGUUGGCGAUUACAAUAUUAUUUUUAUCGUUGAAUCGUCAAUGGAUAAAGCCACUUCAAGAAGAAUUGGACAAGCAAACCGGCAGAACGCGGCCGCCAACGUUCGAGGAUUCCUCAUCCUUACCAAUGGUAGAAGCCUUUUUAGCAGAGGUACAAAGAUACUUGAUCAUGGCACCCUUUGGGGUACCACACAAAACCAUGGUAGACGUUGACUUUAAUGGAUAUCUCAUACCUAAGGAUACAUUGAUACUUUUCGACUAUUAUAGCGUUCAUUAUGACCCAACUUAUUGGGAUCAUCCGGAGGAAUUUAGGCCUCAACGUUUUCUCGAUAAGAACGGUCAAUUUUGUCAAAGCAAUGCAAAUAUACCGUUCGGAUUGGGAAAGAGACGAUGUCUCGGAGAAUUACUUGCUCGUUCAACAUUUUUCUUAUAUUUCGUCUAUUUUAUAUAUUAUUUCAAUUUCGAUAUCUCACCUAUACAUGAUAUACCUGAUCCAAGCGAUUGCUACGAUAGUUUCACUUUAUCACCGAAACCGUACUAUCUCAAGCUCUCGAUGAGAUCCGAUAUAAAGCACUGAAAUGUACGCCACGUGGCACAUGCCACCGACGAUAGAUUUGGACUUCUGCGAAACAGCUUGAUUUCGUCGAACGCGUAAAACGACUUUUACGCGGUUGAAACAACAAACUGUAUUCUAACGAAGAUUUUCUUCCGAGACGCCAAACAAAUGUGGCGUCGUUUAACGUUUAGAGAUUGCCUGAUCCUGCUUGAGUUAUAAAUUUACUUCAAAUAAAUCCAAUAAUUAUUA